GGGAGGGUGUAGAAAAUAUUGUUGAAAACAAAUUCUUAUUUUAACAGUAGCAAAAGUAGCAGCAGCAGCUAGUCGACGGUCGCAAGAACAAUACAACACGUAGAUUGAAAACGGUUAUCAAGAGAGCAGAAAAGAAAAAUAUUUUAUAGAAUUUUUCUGAGAAUGUCAUUAACCGUGGAAAGUGUAGCUACCACAGUGUAUGAGGGUCAAAAGCCUGGUACUAGUGGAUUACGCAAAAAGGUUAAAGUUUUUACUCAACCCAAUUAUACUGAAAAUUUUGUCCAAUGUAUUUUGGAUGCCAAUGGUGAAGCCCUUAAGGGAUCUACUUUGGUAGUGGGUGGUGAUGGCCGCUUCUAUUGCAAAGAGGCUGCUGAAAUUAUCAUACGCAUGUGUGCUGCUAAUGGUGUCUCCAAACUUUUGGUGGGUCAAAAUGGCAUCCUUUCCACCCCCGCUGUUUCUAGUUUGAUUCGCCAUAACAAGGCUUUGGGUGGCAUUGUUUUAACCGCUUCCCACAAUCCUGGCGGUCCCGAAAAUGAUUUCGGUAUUAAAUUUAAUUGUGAAAAUGGUGGCCCAGCACCUGAUGCUUUCACCAACAAAAUCUAUGAACUCUCUUUGGGCAUUAAAGCUUACAAAAUUGUCAAGGGUCUACAGGUGGAUAUCAGUAAAGUAGGUUCCAAUACAUUCACCGUCAAUAAUCAACCAUUUGUGGUGGAAGUUAUUGAUUCGGUAGCCAAUUAUGUUAAUCACAUGAAGGAAAUCUUUGAUUUCGCAAAAUUGCGUGAUUAUGUUAGUGGGAAGACAACGGGUAAACCUUUGAAAAUGCGCAUUGAUUCUUUGAAUGGUGUUACGGGAUCCUAUGUACGUGAAAUUUUCCUUAAUUGUUUGGGUGCUGCUGAGAAUUGUGUGGUGCACACCACACCUUUGCCCGAUUUUGGCGGUUUACAUCCUGAUCCAAAUUUGACUUAUGCCAAGGAUUUGGUGGAUGCUGUUGCCAAUGGUGAUUAUGAUAUUGGUGCAGCUUUUGAUGGUGAUGGUGACCGCAAUAUGAUUAUUGGCCAUAAGGCUUUCUUUGUUACACCCAGUGAUUCUUUGGCAGCUAUUGCCCAUUACUUAGAAUGUAUACCCUAUUUCCAAAAGAAUGGCAUACAAGGUUUUGCCAGAAGUAUGCCUACUGCCUCCGCCGUCGAUUUGGUAGGCAAGAAAUUGGGUAAAGAAAUCUUUGAGGUUCCCACUGGUUGGAAAUAUUUUGGCAAUUUAAUGGAUGCUGGUCGUUUGUGUUUGUGUGGUGAAGAAAGUUUCGGUACUGGUUCCAAUCAUAUACGUGAAAAGGAUGGUAUUUGGGCUGUUUUAGCCUGGUUGUCCAUUAUGCAACAUACUGGCAAGGGUAUUGAGGAUAUUUUAAAGAAUCAUUGGUCUAUUUAUGGUCGCAACUACUUUACACGUUAUGAUUAUGAAGAAUGUGAUUUGGAACCCUGCAAUCAAAUGAUGGCCACCAUGGAAAAGACCAUUACAGAUCCCUCUUUUGCUGGUAAGGAAUUCUCUAGUGGAGGCAAAAGCUAUAAGGUUAAGGUAGCUGAUAACUUUGCCUAUACCGAUCCUGUCGACAAGUCAGUGGCUACUAAACAAGGUUUGCGUAUAGUAUUUGAAGAUGGUAGUCGUAUUGUCAUGCGUCUCAGUGGUACUGGCAGUUCGGGUGCCACCGUACGUUUAUACAUCGAUUCCUAUGAAAAAGACAAUGUUUUAGGUCAGGCUAGUGUUAUGUUAAAACCUUUGAUUGACAUUGCCUUGGAAAUUUCUCAACUGCCUAAAUUCACUGGCCGCAAUGCUCCCACCGUUAUCACAUAAAUCCUUAACUUAAGCACAAAUAUUAAUUACCUCGUCAUUGUUGUUGUUUAAGACGACCGUUUAAGAAACUAAUAAAACAAAACUCUACCUCAUUUUGUUAAAGAGGUAAAAUUUA